GGAAGAGACAAUGGGGAAUUCUCACCCUGUAAAUGAGAAAGAAGAAAAUCAGGAAAAUAUAAAGAGAAAAAAGGCAGCUUUUCCAUCAAGAUCGUAUUCUCCAAGUGUUUCACAUAUUCAAGGCAAUGCUGAGAACUUAAACAACUGUAAGGCAAAUGAUAAUCAGAUAGAGAAAUUGGAAAGACACAUCAGUAGUAGUGGAAAUACAAAGUCCAUUAACUGUAGCCACUGUGGGAAAAUUUUCAGUUUUUCAUGUCAAUUACAGAGACACAUGAGGAUACAUACAGGAGAAAAACCCUUCAAAUGUGAUGUGUGUCAGAAGGCAUUUAGUCAAUUUUGUACCUUACAAAUGCACAUGAGGAUACAUACAGGUGAUAAACCUUACAAAUGUGAUGUGUGUGGGAAGGCAUUCAACCAGGCAUGUCACCUAGAGGCUCACCUGAGGAUACACACAGGUGAUAAACCUUUCAGUUGUUAUGUAUGCAAACAGGCAUUUGCUCUUUCGGGACAGUUAAAGUAUCACAUGAGGACACAUACAGGUGAAAAACCUUAUACAUGUGAUGAUUGUGGAAAGGCAUUCCGCCACACAGGUAACUUAAAUACACACAAGAGGACACAUACAGUUGAAAAACCUUACAAAUGUGUUGUGUGUGACAAGGCAUUCAACCAGUCAAAUACCUUAAAGGCGCACAUUAGGAUACACACGGGUGAUAAACCUUAUAAUUGUUAUGUAUGCAAACAGGCAUUUGCUCUUUCGGGACAGUUAAAGUAUCACAUGAGGACACACACAGGUGAGAAACCUUAUAAUUGUGAUGUGUGUGGCAAGGCAUUUCGCCACACGAGUAACUUAAACACACACAGGAGGACACAUACUGGUGAGAAGCCUUAUAAAUGUGAUAUGUGUGGAAAAUCAUUCACUCUACUGUGUUCUUUAAAGAGACACAUAAACAUACAUACUGGUGAAAAGCCUUAUAAAUGUGAACUGUGUAAAAAAGCAUUUAGUGAAAAAUCACACUUGAAAAAUCACAUGAAGUUGCACACAAGUGAUAAACCUUAUAAGUGUGAAGAUUGUGGAAAGGGAUUCCUUGAAUUAAGGUGCUUACAGAAACACAGGAGGAUACAUACACGUAGAGAGAUGGCAGCACUAUCAUUCAGAUCUCAAACUCAAAGUAUGUUAUGUAUUCAAAGCGAUGCUGAAAAGUUGAACAAUUAUAGUGGAAAUGACAAUCUAACAGAAGUAUUAGAAAUGCAUAACAAUGUACACGUAAGUGCAGAGCCGCAUAUACAUGUUAGUGGAGAGCCGCAUGAAAGUUACAUCAGUGGAAAAGAUUCGUCUCAUUCAGAUCAUUUUCAGAAAGAAUUUAUGAAACAAAAUGGUAAAUUUUAUAAAUGUUCUGUGUGUGAAAAGACAUUCCUUCGACCUAGUUCCCUGCAAGCGCACAUGAGAGUCCACACUGGUGAAAAACUUUAUGAAUGUGUUGAAUGUAAAAAGACAUUCAGUGGAAAUCAAUACUUAAGGGUACAUAUGAGAGUACAUACUAAUUCUAGAAAAUGUGAUGUGUGUGAGAAGACAUUCAGCAGACCUUAUAACUUACAGGCUCAUAUGAGGAUACAUUCAGGUGAAAAACCUCAUAAAUGUGAGGUAUGCGGAAAAGCAUUCACUGUAUCAAAAUACCUAUGGAGACACAUGAGUAAACAUACUGAUGAGAAACCUUAUAAAUGUAAUCUGUGUGAGAAGGCAUUCAAACAAUCUAUUACUUUACAGGAACACAUGAGGACACAUACUGGUGAUAAACCUCAUAAAUGCCACGUGUGUGGGAAGGCAUUCUCUUUAUCUGGAUCAUUUAGGCAUCACAUGAGGACACAUACCGGUGAAAAACUUUACAAAUGCGACGUGUGUGGGAAGCCAUUUUCUGACUCCUGUAACUUAAGGAAGCACAUAGAGACACAUAGUGUCCUGAGAAAUGAGAAGCUUUAUGAAUGCAAUUUGUGUUUAAGAUUAUAUUCUGAUUUGAGUUCUUUACAGCAACACAUAAAGAUACAUACUGAUAGUAAACCAUACCAAUGUGAUCUGUGUGAAAGAGCAUAUUUGAAAAAAUCGAAUUUGGAUAUUCAUAUGAGGAAACACACCGGAGAAAAGCCCUAUAAAUGUGAUGUGUGUGGAACAGCUUUUCCUUUAGCGUGGAGCUUAUCCAGACACAUGAAGACACAUACUGGUGAAAAACCUUUUGAAUGUGAUGUGUGUGGGGAAGCAUUCACUGAGUCACAUACCUUACGCAGUCACAUGAAGCUACACAUCAGUGACGAACAUGAUAAAUGAAAAGUUACACACAAGUAACAAACAUAGUAAAUGCGAAGUUACACACAGGUGACAAAUAUUGUAAAUUUGAAGUUACACACAGAUGACAAAUAUUGUAAAUGUGAAGUUACACACAAUUGAAAAAUAUAUUGUAAAUGUGAAGUUACACACAGAUGACAAAUAUUGUAAAUGUGAAGUUACACACAGAUGACAAAUAUUGUAAAUGUGAAGGUAUACACAGAUGACAAAUAUUGCAAAUGUGAAGUUACACACAGAUGACAAAUAUUGUAAAUGUGAAGUUAUACACAGAUGACAAAUAUUGUAAAUGUGAAGUUAUACACAGAUGACAAAUAUUGUAAAUGUGAAGUUACACACAGAUGACAAAUAUUGUAAAUGUGAAUUCACACACAGAUGACAAAUAUUAUAAAUGUGAAGUUACACACAGAUGACAAAUAUUGUAAAUGUGAAGUUACACACAGAUGACAAAUAUUAUAAAUGUGAAGUUACACACAGAUGACAAAUAUUGUAAAUGUGAAUUCACACACAGAUGACAAAUAUUGUAAAUGUGAAGUUACACAUAAGUGUCAAACAUAAUAAAUGAGAAGUGUGUGUGAAAAGGUGUUUUCCUUGUCAAAAAUCUAGAAGAGAAACAUAGAGAUACAUAUGAAUGUGUAGUAUGUGGGAUGGUAUUCACUGCCCACUUUCAUUUUGACGGUCGGUUACGGAUUCCAAUACUUACUUCAGCCUAUAGAGAUCUAGACGUUCUGAAAGACGAUUGUGACAUCACGUUCAAAUUAUACAAAUCUAUUUUGUGGAAUAAACACUAAUGUUCUUUUUCAUGUAAACUCCAAAAAGUUUUUAUUCAA